AUGGACAGUAUCAACUCUUCUCAAUUAAAGCCCAUACCAUCGUCUGAAAAUGAAAGAAUAAAAGAAUUAAAUGAGAUCAAAAUGAGUGGUGAAAAUGCAGAAAUAAAUCCCAGGGCGUCACUUCUUUAUUUUAUAACUUCAAGUAUGAAAAUCCAACGCCAUUCUAAAUCUGCAAUGAUAUUGCUUGUUGGAGGUAGUGGAUGUGGUAAAUCAUCAACAAUAAAUCAUUUACUGGACACUGGAGAUGGAAUUAGUGUUAUUGAGACAAGUGAUAACGAAUCAUCUACGAAAAAAACAUCUGAGUAUAUUAUUACUAUUGACGAACCCAAGUAUGAAGUGAGUGAUUUAACCAUGAGAAUUAUUGACACCCCUGGUUUAAAUGAUAGUGAGGGUGUUAAACAAGAUGCAUGUAAUUUUGUAUCUAUAAAAAAAUAUUUGGAAACACAUCCCGAAUUUUCUUCGAAAACAAAGAUUUAUCCAAAUCUUGUGUUCCUAGUUGACAGAGCCAGUAAUAAUAGAAUAAAAGGAGUCAUUAGCACACUUUCAAAAUCCUUGAGAAGUAUCAAGAUGUUGAAUAUUGUUGACAUCAGUCAUCCAAAUCUUGUUGUGAUUUUAACACAUGUUUGUUCAGUUGGCUACGCAAACCCGAAGAAAUGGCAAGAAAGGAUGCAAAAAAUGAAAGAACGUGUGUCUGACAUUGUUUUUGAAACUUUAGGUGUCAGAGCGCCAACUGUAUUGAUAGAAAAUGAUCCUUAUGAUGAUUAUGAACUAGAAAAGAAAGGAGAAUUCACAAUUCUUCCCAAUGGUGAAAGACAACCUUUGAAUUUAUACAAAGCUUGCCUUGGCUUUCUCACAAAAAGCAAAGAUGGAAACGAUAUCACAGAUAAGUUUGGGCAUAUGGUGUUCAAUGCUGCAUUUACACGAAAGAAAAAAGAAAAACCAUUAAAAGGUCAUGAAGUUAAAGCUAAAGUAGCAAGUAAAGAGGAGUUAUCAGAGGAGGAAUGGAAACUUGCAAAAGAUUUUACUGAAGCUGCUGCAGGAGGUUUACCCAACUCACUUGCCGAGCGUGCAAUGCAGUAUAUUUCCGAGAACAGCAUCAAGGACGAAACUGUAAAAAAAGAACUUUUUGGGCUGGUAGAAACUAUGAAUGCGAUGGGAUUGUCGGAUGAUUCAAAAUUAAAGCGCACAACAAUCAGUAAAAUCAACCAUUGUCAUGACGACAUUAUCACCGAACAUGGCCUUCAAAUGUUGGAAAAGCAAUUUAACAUAAAAUGUGCUGAGUCGUUUUUUUCGGCUGAAUUUAUUGGUCAGGGAUACAACCUUCUCACAGACGACUUUGUUUCUGCUCAGGUUUUAAAAUUAUCUCUCGUUGAUAAUAAACAAUUUGGCUUGAGAAUUCCUAAAUUUGCACAAAUAUUGAAGACAAAUGAAACUGUAGACAGCGAAGUACAUUUACAACGGAAUGAAAGUUACAUUAAGUCGCGCCUUUCAGCCUUGGGGCUAAAUGUGAACAUGGCACCAAGUAUAUUAAAGAUGGCUCCAGAAUUUGAUGUAAAUUACAGCAUGGAGCGUGAGGAAAAUGACUCAAGAUCUUCAACCAGUACAAAGAUAUUAAAAGAAGUAAGAAUCGCAAAGAUUAAUGUUGAUGAAUUUGAUUCGAAAAAAAUUACUUUUGCUGAUGAAUUUCGUUCUGCUGUGGAAGAACUUCCAAGUGAAAAUAUCGAAAACGAGAAAGUGAUGAAAAAGUUCAUAAAUUUUUUCAAUAAAUUUGGUCAGUUUGUCGUCACGUCUGCAUAUGUUGGGGGAUCAGUUGAAUGUGAUAAUUAUAAUGACAUCAUAGAAUUGUCAAACCGAGAUGAAAAUUAUGUUGGCGGUAUUAUUGGUGCAAUUAUUGUGAGACUUUGGGCUAAACGACAAACACCAGUGAAUACAGAAAGCAACGGAGUCUUGAAAACUAGAUCCACUAAAUGGAGAGGUGGGCAUGUAGACUUGCAAGUUGAAGAAAAAUUCCAUGAAUGGAAAAAAUCUGUUGCCAAUGACCCAGUGCUUUUAAAACAUAAAUUAACAUUGCAGCACAUUCACACGUUAGUUGGAAUGAUUGAUAAAAAGAAAGGGAAUCUCGCCAAACAAGCUUUCGAAAAAAUGUUUCAGAUUGAUACUUUAGAUACUUUAAGUCUUUACGGUAAUGAUUCUUCAAAAGCAAAUUCGGAGAAAAAGGAACUGAAGCAAGAAAAGCAGAUUCUUCUAACACAAAGCUAA